CUCACUCCCGCCAGACACGGCUGCCUGCCACUCUGAGCUUCAUCACGAUCGUCUUCAUAGAUUUUGGUUAGCUUUGCUAUUCUUCUUCGCUUUGAGUCCAGUUUCCUCCUUCCGUCAAGGACUCGGCAACGGUGAAAUUCGGUUCUUUGAUAGACCUCUUCGAUAUCCACUCUUUCCCUUGCUGCCCGCCUCUCUAAUACACCCCAUUUACCUUCUUCCUCUGCACUUCACCUCCGCUUCAUACGCUUUCACAAUGGAUCCCGAGUCGCAGCAAGUAGACGUCCCCGAGGGAAUAUCCGACACAGCAGCACAUGACACCGAUUCUCCUCUCCCCGGCAAUGCCGCCAUCAUACCAGGUGCCGGUGAAGUUGUCACAGAUGACGAGGCGUUGGCACUCAAGCUGCUCACAGAGAACGUGCGUGACCAGGACGACCUUGAACGCGAUAUCACCCUCCAGGCGAACCGCGCUCUCAUUGAAGCAGAGGACAAGAGAGACCAGAAACGCAUUGAGAAGGCCGAGCUGUUGAAGUCCAGGCUUGAGAACCAGAUAAAACUCCAACAGCAAAAGCUCGGCUCCGCACAUGCGAACCCCACAGCGAGGCUCCGCGCACAGCGAGAAAUUGCGCGCAUCCAGUCAGAGAUCGAGAUCUGCGACAAGGACAUUGCCGACUUCCAUGCCCGCAUCGAGCAGCGAAACCAGCAGGACGCGGCUGAUGCUGAGACGCCAUUCACGGGUGGCAAAUUUCCAGGCGAGACACAACGCGAGUAUCUUAUCCGGACCGGCAAGAUUACUCCGUUCGCCUCGUUUGGCGGUCCCCGGCCCGACGGUGUUCAGGGAAAACUCGCCGAUGCGAUCAUUGACGCCGAGGAUGAAGCCAUCGCCGAGGAGCUUGAGGAGCAGGCUGCCGAAGGGCCCCGCUCACACCAGAGCCUGAGACUGCCAGGGUUUGCCGAGGAAAACGAAGACCUUGCAGGUGCUGCUGUGGAGUCUGAGUUCUCGCUACGGCCGCGGAAGAAAAGGAAGGUACUCAAACCACUGCUUGUUGAGUCCGAUGGGGAGUUUGCGCCGGAUGAAUCGUUGUCCGAAGCAGCAACCUCGGAAGCAGAUGCCUCGGAUGAUUUCGACAUGACCGACACGACCCCCAAGCGGAAGCGACGGACGGCCGUCAAGGAAGGCGAGGGCAAAGUUGAUCUCAGCAAUAUAGACGAUGGUAACGAGGCCGUAUACCAGAGGAGGUUGAGGGACUGGGUCGAGCGAAGGAGUCGCGCCAGACGGCGCCGCCAGGAGAGAUUGGGGCAGCCAGUUGAUGACGGGCAAGACGGCGUCGAGGAGUGGUUCAAGCCAUCUCCAGAUCAGCCGGAUCACCAGUUUGAGAACGGGCUGAAACUUCCCGGUGACAUCUACCCUUCUCUCUUCGACUAUCAGAAGACAGGUGUGCAAUGGCUGGCAGAGCUGUAUGCUCAGCAGGUUGGCGGCAUCAUUGGUGAUGAGAUGGGGCUGGGCAAAACAGUUCAACUGAUAUCUUUCGUUGCCGCUCUGCAUUACAGCAAGAUGCUCAACAAACCCGUCAUUGUGGUCGCCCCGGCUACAGUCCUUCGGCAGUGGGUAAACGAGUUCCACCGCUGGUGGCCGCCACUCCGUGUCUCUAUUCUUCACUCCUCCGGGAGCGGCAUGUUCAAUGUUCGCGAGGAGGGCGAGAUCGAGGACCAUGUGGAUGACUGGGGAAAAGAACAGCCCAGCAAGUCCAGCACAGCAGCGCGGAGGAUCGUUGAUCGAGUGGUCAAGCACGGCCAUGUGCUGGUCACCACAUAUGCCGGUCUGCAGACCUACGGCGAUGUCUUGAUUCCGGUGGAGUGGGGCUACGCAGUCCUGGACGAAGGCCACAAGAUUCGGAACCCAAACACAGCCAUUACGAUCUACUGCAAGGAGCUCCGCACGCCCAACCGCGUUAUCCUCUCCGGCACCCCAAUGCAGAACAACUUGACCGAGCUGUGGUCCCUCUUUGACUUCAUCUACCCCAUGCGUCUCGGCACUCUGGUCGCAUUUCGCAACCAGUUUGAGAUACCCAUCAGAUUCGGAGGCUAUGCCAAUGCCACAAACCUGCAGAUUAUGACGGCGCAGAAAUGCGCCGAAACUCUCAAGGAUGCGAUCAGCCCCUAUCUCCUUCAGCGCUUGAAGGUAGAUGUCGCUGCUGAUCUCCCGAAGAAAAGCGAGCAGGUUCUCUUUUGCAAGCUGUCCAAGCCACAGCGGGAGGCCUACGAGCUGUUCUUGAAGUCUGACGACAUGGCUGCCAUACUCAAUCGGACACGCCAGUCCCUGUACGGCAUUGAUAUCCUCCGUAAGAUUUGCAAUCAUCCCGAUCUUCUGGAUCCAAGGCUCAAGACCAAGCCCGGCUACACCUGGGGUGACGACAGCAAAUCUGGGAAGAUGGCGGUCGUCAAGUCGCUGCUCCCAAUGUGGAAACGCUUGGGGCACAAGACGCUGCUAUUCUGCCAGGGCGUCCAGAUGCUGGACAUUAUUGAGAGAUUCGUUCAGCGGCUGGACGACAUUCGAUAUAUCAGAAUGGAUGGCAAGACACCGGUCCAGCAGCGGCAGUCUCUCGUCGACCAAUUCAACACAGAUCCAGAGCUUGAUGUGUUUCUGCUGACGACAAAAGUAGGCGGGCUGGGCGUCAACCUGACGGGAGCCAACCGCGUCAUCAUCUUCGACCCAGAUUGGAAUCCCUCGACCGAUGUUCAAGCAAGAGAACGGGCCUGGAGAUUGGGCCAGAAAAGAGAGGUCACGAUAUACCGACUGAUGACGGCCGGGACGAUAGAAGAGAAGAUUUACCACCGUCAAAUCUUCAAGCAGUUCCUCUCGAACAAGGUGUUGAAAGAUCCCAAGCAGCAAACGACGUUCAAUCUCAGUGACCUGCACGAUCUUUUCAGUCUCAGUUCGUACGAGGACGGCGUGACCGAGACGAGCGAGCUGUUCAAGGGCCGCGACGUGAAGAAUUUCAAGCGCGCCGGGCCGAAGGAGCUCAUUUUGCCUGGACGCGACGCCGUUCCACUCCGGCCCCAGCAUCGGCCGGCAGCCACCAUCAAACCCGAGGCCGAGGCCAGCAGCAGCAACAACGAGAAAGACGGCGAUCUUCGCAACAUCGAGGGCGUCGCAGGCCUCGAGACAUACCAACCCUCCGAUCCCGCACCCCCCACGAACGAGGAAGACCGGCUCAUGGAGGGCAUUUUUGCAAAAGCUGGCAUUCACAGCGCGCUGGAACAUGACGAGAUCAUCAACGGGAAAAAGACUGUGAAAGCGGACCGCAAGAUGCUCCAGCAGGAGGCCAACCGGAUCGCGGCGCAAGCGGCCCUCAGCCUACGCCGCGCGGGCGAGCAGGCGCGCAACGUGCCCAUCGGCACCGUGACAUGGACCGGCGAGGUCGGAGAGGCGGGUCGUCCUACCAACGUCCGGCGGGGGCGCGGCGGGCCAGGGUCCGCGGGGAUAUUGGCUGGUGUUGCGAACCGUCAGGGGCUUGGUGGUACAGGUAGCCCGGGCAGCAGGUCGGGGUCGGGGACCCCCGGCAGGGCCGGCACGCCGGACCCAAACCAAGAUAUUCUCCGUCGGGCGAAGGACUUUGAGAAGAUGAUACCGGCUUUCAUUAAGCGUCAUAACGGGCAGGUGCCGUCAAAGCUGCUGGUGGAUCACUUCAAUCAGUAUUGUACCAGCUCGCGGCAGGCGGACGAGUUCAAGUUGGCGCUGGGCAAGGUGGCCAAGAUGGAGAAGCGGGGGUCGAGUAUGCGCGCGAUUUGGACGCUGAAGCCUGAGUAUCAGUGAGUUCAUCUGGUGGGCUGAGAGCGAUGCCGCUCGUAGUGCCUUUGAGUGUUGCAUUGGUAGGGGGGGUUAGAGGGUGGGUUGGUCCAUGGAUGGCGUUCUGGGGGUUCUACACCAGGUCACUGGCGAGCGAUUGGUAUGAUGCUAACGAAGGGAUGAUAACGAAAUACCAAGCAUAGAAAGGCCUGAGCAUCGGCUUCAUU